ACUUGACCCGAGCGCGUUCAUGACAACCGGAGUUCCUCCACCUCCAGCUGAGUUCGCCCACCGGCUUUAACGAACCAUCUGGCAGUUUACCCGUUUAAUUUCUUUGAUUAAGAGGUACCACAAGUGCGAAAUGAAACCGAGGAAGCUGCACCUCCUGCUGCUGUGGACGCUGUUCUGCUGCGGCGUGACCCAGGCGAUCGAGCCCAUCAGCACUACCAUAGCGGUCGGCGUGGCUGCCACUCUGACGGCGUUUUUAGCUAGCUACCAGAACAUUUUCUUCUACUUCCACGAGUGCUGUCGACCCGAGUGGAUCUCUUUCAACGGGACAGGUCUCAAGGCUGACCUGGACAGCAAGCUGUUCGGACAGCACCUUGCAUCACGCAUCAUCUUCAAAGCUGUGAAUGGAUUCGUGAGCAGCGACAACCCAAAGAAGCCCCUGGUGCUCUCUCUGCACGGAUCGACCGGCACAGGGAAGAACUUUGUUAGUAAGCUGAUUGCUGAAAACAUUUACAAGGAGGGAAUGGACAGCAACUUCGUUCAUGUUUUCACGGCCACACUUCACUUCCCACAUCCAAGUCAAUACCUUAAUAUGUACAAGUAUCAGUUGCAGCAGUGGAUCAAAGGAAAUGUCACCAACUGUGAACGCUCCAUGUUCAUCUUUGAUGAGAUGGACAAGAUGCAUCCCGGCUUGAUUGACAGCAUCAAGCCAUACCUGGACUACUAUGACAAGCUGGAUGGAAUUUCGUAUCGGAAAGCCAUCUUCAUCUUCCUCAGCAAUGCUGGGGGGGACAACAUCAUACAGACGACUUUAGAUUUCUGGAAAUCAGGACGAACCCGAGAAGAGAUCAAGCUCAAAGACCUGGAAACGUUGCUCUCUCUAUCAGUGUUCAACAACAACCAAAGUGGCUUUUUUCGUACAAGUUUGAUUGACAAGAACCUGGUGGACUUCUUCGUCCCGUUCCUGCCUCUGGAGUACGAACACGUCGUCCAGUGUGCCAUGGCCGAGAUGGAAGCUAGAGGACUUCCGCCAAACCGGCACGUGGCAAACAGGAUGGCCAAAGAUUUAGUUUAUUCCCCCAAAACUGAAAGAAUUUUCUCCGUCAAAGGCUGCAAGACAAUAGAGAGCAAGUUGAACUACUACAUAUAACGUCACGAUCGGAUGGACACGACGUUUGAUCACUACGUGCACUUUUGUUUUAAAAGAAAACUGCUCUCAGCCAAAUGGCUAAAGAGAUGAAGUCAAGCUGACUGAACUCUGAGGAGGUCUGCUUGAAGGUUUCACUCUCUGACCUUGGGGCCAUGAAAAGGAUAUCAGCAGGCCUUCUCCAAUGCUGCAUCUCGCUUACACUGAAUGAAGGUGGAGGGGCUGAUGAAAGUGCACAGCGCCAGUUGAAUGAAAAAAUAAUAAGAUUGGGAUCCUUUGUAACUGAUUGAGGGGAUUGAUCUCUUCUUUUUAUGUCACACAACAAUGAGAGUUUCAGAGAUAGGUUGUUUUCCUGAGAGAUGCUUAAUGACUAAAGGUGUCCUGAAGCUAUAGCAUUUCACUGUAUGCGUUUAUUUUUUAAUUUGUGGUCCACAUACGUGGAUUACUGGAAGACAACUGCCUUAAUUCUUACUUUCACGAUUUUUAUAAUAUCUUCAUUGUUACCUUACACGUGUCCACUGUACAUACGAGCUCAUUAACAGUCAGCGUUGUGGGUGAAGUGGGGUCGUCAGUGCUGCUGAUAGAAAAGCCUCACUGUUCAAAUACAUGAUGCAGAAAAGGAAACUGUUUACAUGUAACAUUAAAAAACAGCAUUGACAAGAUAUGUUUUCUAUACUGUGCAGCCACUUACUUUAAAUAUCUCAUUUGGUAAAUAUGAUACAGUACAGAUAGAUUCUGUAACGUAUGAGUAAUAUAUUAUCUUUGUGUCCAUGUUGAAAUAUUGAAAUAUCCAGAUGUUAAUUUGCCUUACAGGAUACUUAGAAUUUUUUACAUGUCUGGAGCUGUAGUAGGACACUGUGCAUGAACUCAGGACAACAUUCUUGCAACAUACAAAAAAAAAACAAAAUAAAAUACAUCAAGUUUUGGUAAAUACAGGAUUCCAAUUAUACUUUAUGUAAGAUUGGUU